AUGGAUCCUCACACUUGUGCGUACUGCCAACAGCUGACCCUUCGACUUGAUGAGCCGAAUGAUCAUGGCCCCUUCGAAAGGGAAAUCGAAUGUCCGGACUUCACUGCUCGCAAAGCGAUCGACGCCGCCGCCGGUGGCUGUUCUCUUUGCAACUGGCUCCUCUACCCUGGCGACUUAGACUGGCUCGGGGACAAGGGUCCUCAGGCCUACAAACUCUAUGUCAAGUACAACAUCCCGCAGAACGAAAAUGGGGGAGGCCACGUCGAAAUCAAGGAAUUUGGCUUCAGGAAGCAUAAAGACGCCCCCAAAUGGUGCAAGCCUUGUAGACUUGUUGUUUAUGCGGAUUCAGACCAAUCUAUCCCCACAGCCAUCCCGGGCGAGAGAAGCAUUGAGCUUGCUAGACAAUGGCUUCAGGAUUGCAAGACCCAAGAGCUUCAGGAUUGCAAGAUCCAAGAGCUUCAGGAUUGCAAGAUCAAAGAGAACGGCAACCGGGCCCCGAAAAUAAUGCCCAGGAGAGUAGUUGAGAUACACCAAGACAAUUCAGGGAACUGGCGGCUGAACCUUUCAGUCGACAUGAAGAACGUCGAGGACUACGCCGCUUUGUCUUACUCUUGGGGCGGCGAGCAGUUGUUCAAGACUGAACAGAAAAACCUGCAUGAACGACAAAAACAAAUUAACUUCUGCGAGCUCCCAAAAACGAUCCAGGAUGCUAUCAGAGUGACCUGGGGGCUGAAAAUCCACUAUCUCUGGGUCGACUCUCUGUGCAUCUUACAAGACGAAGGAGAGGAUCAAAAGAAUGAAUUCCUUCAGCAGGCCGAGAUAUAUAGCGGAGCACAAGUCACCAUCGCGGCUUCGAAAUCGCAGAACCAUCGGGAAGGUUUCCUCGAUGAGCUUAUCUUCAAGGUUCCUUCGGGGACGAGUAGUUGGCUCCUGCUCCUGAAGCUAAAUGCGCCAAACCAGCCUGAACCUCUUUUCACACGGGGCUGGACAUUCCAGGAGUACCAUCUUUCUCGAAGGAUUCUAUCCUACGAGUCUUAUCAACUUCGAUUCGCCAACGACCUGGGGUUCAACCGAAAUGAGAACUGGUAUGUAAACCUCCCUGCUCCACAUGGGGAGAAUCGCCAUGGUCCACCAGGGAGAGGGAAUCACUUGAACGGACAAAGCAACGAGGACGCCAUUCGAGAAUGGUAUGGAUACGUCCAGAGGUAUUCCCUGAGGCAGUUGACAAACAUGGUCGAUAAAAUACCCGCCAUAAUGGGACUCGGCGUCAGAUAUUAUGGCGUGCUCCAGAGACUUCCCUUUGCAUCAGGCAUCUGGCUCCGUACCAGAGAAACAGAAAGACCGCAGGGUGACAGUUUACCACCGGGUUUAGCAGCCGGCCUUCUCUGGAAGUUGCAGCGCCCAAGCUCACGGAAAUUUAGCAAACCCUCUUGGUCGUGGGCCUCGGUAGAUGGUGACAUCGAUGUAUCCUCCAUCUUGGAGUAUCUGGAUACGGAGCCGGACAUCGAGAUCACUGAUUUCCAGGAAUAUAAAUCACGCAUAAAAGGAAGAGUGUUCAAGCGGAUUUCCUCCGAGCUUUUCGCGCGCAUUGCAAGUGAAACCGUCAGAUUGCAGGGCCAUGCUCUUCCUGCGGUGCUGGUGCUGCAACGCCAGAAUUCAGCGUCCACCUUCGAAGUUAGGAUCAACGACAAUCAACCGGUGACACUGACAGGACCGCAGCUACAUCUCGACACCAAUCUAGGUCUAGAUACCAUACGCGUCCAGCCUGUCGAAUACUCCUGGGGUCCAGCUCGAACUCAUCUAGUGACCUUGAAUGACGCACCAAGCCUGCAGAUUCCAGUCACUCUUCUUCGACUGUACCCUCAAACAAUACGGACUGACAAAACAGAGUCAAUAAUUGGUCUAAUCCUUCUUCCUCCUGAGGAUCUUGAACAUAAUCCACACGGCUGGUAUAUUCGGAUCGGGGUCUUCGAGGCUUCGAGGUCCCAAAACGCGACCCAAGAGAGUUCCAACAAUCCCGACCAAGGGCAAGAGGGAGGAAAUUGGCAGCUGCUCAACGCCAAAUUCAACGAGUCUAACCUGGCCUCCAUUGCAAUUUCUUGA